AUGAGUCCGCUGAGAGGUUUCCCCCUGAUUCUGAUAUUCCUCCAUGCAGCAGCUGUGCGUGCAGGUGUGGGUGGUGUAAAGGUGGAAAAUGUGUCGUCACAAAUCUGUCGUCAUCCGUGUGAUGAGCUGGUGGGUUUGCUCACUGAAAUCCAAGGCCUGAGGAUUGUAACCAGCAACCUGCUGGAAGACCUGGACAGAGUAUCAAAAGAGAAUGAAGAGAUGCGUCUUUCUUUGGCUGAGCUGAGCAGCAAUAGCAGCAGCCGGAGCAACAGCAGUGGAAGCAGUCGUAGAAGCAGCGGCCGAGGUGAUUGGCACGGUGACGGCCGCGGCAAUGACUAUGGAGGAGGGGACCUCGAUGGUUAUGACCCUGAUGUAGACAGAGCUGAGGAGGUGUGGUGCGUCCAGGACGGGCGGGUGUACGACCAUGGGGAGGACUGGGAGGUGGACAGCUGUACCUUCUGUACCUGCCAGGGAGGGAAGGCGGUGUGCCAGCUGAUGUCAUGCCCUCCUGUUUCCUGUAUCAAUCCCUCUUUUAAUGAAGGAGAGUGCUGUCCAGUGUGUCUCAAUAAUGAAACUGGCUGGUCUCCGUGGUCUGAAUGGACGCACUGCUCCGUCACCUGCGGACGAGGAGGUCAGCAAAGAGGCCGAUCCUGCAACAGCAUCGUGCCGUCCUGCUCCGGCCCGUCGGUCCAAACCCGCAGCUGCAUGUUGACGAAGUGUGACCGCAAGGGUCGUGCUGAUGGGAACUGGGGACUUUGGUCUCCUUGGUCUGCGUGCACGACCACAUGUGGAGACGGAAACAUCACACGGGUUCGCCUCUGCAACAGCCCUCCACCACAGAAGGGGGGCAGAGGGUGCACGGGCAGCGCCAGGGAGACACAAUCCUGCAACAACACACUCUGCCCCAUCGCUGGAGGUUGGACCGGCUGGAGUGGAUGGUCACUCUGCUCAGCAACAUGUGGAGGUGGCCUUAAAAGUCGCCAGAGGGAGUGUUUAAACCCGGCCCCUCAGAACGGAGGGAAACCCUGUGCCGGAGACGCCACAGACUAUGAAGCAUGUAACAAACAGUCCUGUCCUAUAGAUUUAUGUUUGCUGUCGAAUCCAUGUUUUCCGGGGGUGAAGUGUUCAUCACAUAGCGAUGGAUCGUGGGAAUGUGGACACUGUCCGCUGGGUUUACAGGGAAAUGGCACCCACUGUGAAGAUGAGGAUGAGUGUGAGGUGGAGGAUGUGUGUGUCACACAGUGUGUAAACACAGAUCCUGGGUUCUACUGUCUGCCCUGUCCUCCUCGUUAUAAAGGCUCCCAGCCGUAUGGCCUGGGACUGCAGGAAGCCCAGAAAAUCAAGCAGGUGUGUGAACCAUACAAUCCUUGCAAAGACAACACACACACCUGCCACAGGUUUGCAGACUGUUUGUACCUGGGCCUGGCAUCUGAGGUUUUGUACAAGUGUGUGUGCGCUGUCGGGUUUGCAGGCGACGGCUUUCUGUGUGGGGAAGACUCUGAUCUGGAUGGUUGGCCCAACAAGAGAUUGACCUGCAAACAGAACGCAACGUAUCACUGCGAAAAGGAUAACUGUCCAAUGCUACCAAACUCUGGACAGGAGGACCUGGACCAGGACGGACAGGGAGACGCCUGUGAUCCUGAUGAUGACAAUGAUGACAUCACCGAUGAAAGGGACAACUGCCCGCUGGUGUACAACCCUCGGCAGUUUGACUCUGACAGAGACGGGGUUGGGGAUCGCUGUGAUAACUGCCCGUUUGAAAGCAACCCACUGCAGACAGACACUGAUGGGAACGGAGAGGGAGACGCCUGCAGCAUCGACAUUGAUGGAGACGAUGUUCUGAAUGACCGUGACAACUGCCCUUUAGUCUACAACACUGACCAGAGGGACACAGACCUGGAUGGAGUUGGAGACCAGUGUGACAACUGUCCCCUUCUACACAACCCACUGCAGCGUGAUUCGGACAGCGACCUGGUGGGCGACAUGUGCGACAACAACGAGGACAUCGAUGAGGACGGACUCCAGAACUCUCUAGAUAACUGUCCUUACAUCGCCAACAGUAACCAGGCCGACCAUGACAACGAUGGGAAGGGAGACGCCUGUGACCACGAUGACGAUAAUGACGGUAUCCCCGACGAUCGAGACAACUGCAGACUGGUGCCCAACAAGGACCAGCUGGACUCUGACGGUGAUGGUAGCGGGGAUGCAUGCUUCGACGACUUUGACAAUGACAGUAUUCCAGAUGCGUUGGAUCCCUGUCCACUGAACCAGGAUAUCGGCUCUACAGACUUCAGGAAGUAUCAGGUUGUGUUGUUGGACCCUAAAGGCACCACGCAGUCUGAUCCUCUUUGGGUGAUCCGCAGCCAAGGCACUGAGCUGCUUCAGACAGCCAACUCUGAUCCCGGCAUCGCUUUAGGAUAUGACAAGUUCAGUUCGGUGGACUUCAGUGUGACAUUUUAUGUGAACACCAACCGAGAUGACGACUACGCAGGCAUCGUGUUCGCCUACCAGUCCAGCCGGCGCUUCUAUGUUGUCAUGUGGAAACAGGUGUCUCAGGCGUACUGGGAGAAAAAACCGUUCAAAGCUUUCGGCACAGCAGGGGUCUCCAUCAAACUGGUCAACUCCACCACAGGACCGGGGGAGUAUCUACGCAAUUCUCUGUGGCACACCGGAAACACCAGGCACCAGGUCAGAACGUUGUGGCAUGACCCCAAUAAAAUAGGCUGGAAGGACUACACAGCUUAUCGAAUGCACCUCAUCCACAGACCCAAGACUGGUUUCAUCAGGGUGGUGGUGUACGAGGGCAGGAACAUUUUAUCUGACUCAGGGGCCGUUUACGAUCACACCCUGGCUGGAGGCAGACUGGGACUGUUCGUCUUCUCCCAGGAACACGUCCUCUUCUCGGACCUCAGAUACGAGUGCAGAGACAACUGAAGAGACCCACCUAAGACCCUUAAACAUGUCAGAAAAUGUUCACAAAACUAAAAGAGAAAGAUUGAUUAUUAUGCACAAGACCCGGGCCUUCAACCUGCAAAGACUUAUCAGUACGUUUUUAUGUAUCAGCUUCCUGUGCCAAAGACUGCUGUCUCAUUCGCUGUAUUUGACUCUUAAGACUCUAAGAAUGCAUUUCUAGUGACAGUUACCUCUUGCUACUUUCAUUAGCUUUUCCUUUAAUGGUGUAAAUAAUUAUUUAUUGCCAGAUGCCAAAGGAAGUGAAUU